ACAAACACUCAUUUCUGCCUCUCCUCCACUUGUGCGCUCAUCGUAGCACGCUGUCCUGUUGCUGCAGCCUCUGCCUCUCUGUCUCUCCCCGUUACACCCUCCUCAGUCCCCCUCCCCCUCACUUUCACACACACACACACACACACACACACACACACAUGCGUACCUGAGCUGGCGGUGGGCUGCGCUGCUGGAGGGGCGUUUCACCGCAACUUUUCCUGAGGUGCUCGCGUGUGGUUUUUGGGGGAGAGGUGGGUGUCCGGCGUUUUCUCUUUCCUUCUGCUCUUCCUCCUGGAAUGCUAAACUGGGCUGAUGGACAUUUCCGAACUUUGCAUCCCUGAUCCUCUCAGCUAUCAUAACCAGCUGUUGAACAGAAUGGCCGUUGAGGAGCGGCACAUGCAAUCCAGCUGUGGCUCCUACAUAAAGACGGAACCGUCAAGUCCCUCAUCUCUGGUGGACACUGCCAGUCACCCCAGUCCAGGCGCUCACUCCGAUGCCAGCGGCAGCUACGCCAGUGCCAUCAACAGCCACUCCAACGGCCUAGACUCUCCGCCCAUGUUCACGGCGUGUGGGCCACUGGGCGCGGCGGCGAAUGCCUGCCGCAAACGUUAUGAGAACUGUUCCAGCACAUUACUGGACGACCCGGGAUCCAUCAAAUGCGAGUACAUGCUCAACUCUAUCCCUAAACGCUUGUGCCUGGUGUGCGGAGACAUCGCAUCGGGCUAUCACUACGGUGUGGCGUCCUGUGAAGCGUGCAAGGCCUUUUUCAAGAGAACGAUACAAGGUAACAUUGAGUACAGCUGUCCGGCCACCAACGAGUGUGAGAUCACGAAAAGAAGACGCAAGUCCUGUCAAGCCUGCCGCUUCAUGAAGUGUUUGAAAGUGGGCAUGUUAAAAGAAGGUGUGCGUCUAGAUCGUGUACGAGGAGGCAGACAGAAAUACAAGAGGAGAAUGGAUGCAGAAAACUCAGCUUACUUGGGGCUCACACUCCCUCCACCAGCCAAAAAACCAUUGACGAAGAUCGUAUCCCACCUGCUCGUGGCGGAGCCAGAGAAGAUCUACGCCAUGCCAGACCCCAGCAUGCCCGAGAGCGACAUCAAAGCCCUGACCACGCUCUGUGACCUCGCAGACCGCGAGCUGGUCGUCAUUAUCGGAUGGGCCAAACAUAUCCCAGGUUUCUCGAGUCUGUCUCUGGGAGACCAGAUGAGUCUACUGCAGAGCGCAUGGAUGGAGAUCCUGAUCCUGAGUAUCGUGUUUCGCUCGCUGCCGUACGAGGAUGAGCUGGUCUAUGCGGAGGAUUACGUGAUGGAUGAGGAGCAUUCGCGACUCACGGGUCUGCUCGACCUUUACGUCUCCAUACUGCAGCUUGUGCGCAAGUACAAGAAGCUCAAGGUGGAGAAAGAGGAGUUUGUCACGCUCAAGGCCAUCGCGCUCGCCAACUCAGACUCAAUGCACAUUGAGGACGUAGAGUCGGUUCAGAAGCUCCAGGACGCUCUUCAUGAAGCUCUGCAGGACUACGAGAGCUGUCAACACACAGAAGACCCUCGACGGGCUGGAAAACUGCUCAUGACGCUUCCUCUGUUGCGACAGACCGCCACCAAAGCCGUUCAACACUUCUAUAGUAUCAAGAUGCAGGGCAAGGUGCCAAUGCACAAACUCUUCCUGGAGAUGCUGGAGGCCAAAGUUUGAUUGGUCGGCCACAACAUCAUCCUGUAACAUCAUCAAGGCUACAGCGAAUGGGGUGUGGCAUAGACACACUUGCUGCAGAGGACACGCUGUCUUCUGACAGACAAGCAGGUUGCAGACUUUUCUCUCUUGUGUCCUUGAGACGCGAGACAUUUUUAAAGAACUGAAAACUAAAAAAUAAAUAACUUGGUUCAAAGUAUAAAUAUAAAGGGGAAAAAAUAAUAAUUAUAAAUCUAUAAUAAAUGCUAUGUACUUGUACAGUAAUGCUUUUUUUCAUUAUCUGUUGUUGUAUAUGAUGAAAGAAAUUCUUUAAGUCAUUUCAGAGUGAAUAGUCUCAUAUAGGUGGUCCUUUUUUGGUCCUGCUUUCAAAAACGUAACCCUCUCUAUGUCUCAAAAGCAACCCCACGUUGAACAUAUGUCAUUAUUCAGUGCCCUGGACAACACUACGACACCUUGAGGACUUGUAAAUAUUCAAAGCAAAGAGCAACAUUGGGCAAAAUGCACCCAUUUGUUGCCCGGUUCUUUCCUAAAUGUAAACUGACGUCCUUGAAUAUACCUCUUUGAAACAGUGAAUCCUUGUCUUCUGGAACUUUCAUCCUGGGUCCGGGAGGACAAACAUUUGUAAAAUGAUCAUUCAAACACCUGUAGCCAGGAUUUCAGUCAGCUUACUCUGUAGUAACUCAGCAAUAAAUUGAGUCAGCGGUUGGUUGACGUCCAACUUUCUUCUUUGCUUGUCCUGCAAGAGGGUGAGGUAUGUCCCCCUCCUGUGUUGCACUGUACUCCUUUUUUAAACUACUUGUUUUUGUUGUGGUUGAUGUUGGCCUAAAUUUGGUUGAUGGGGCAAAACUGGCACUCAGUGUAAGCUGGUGAGUCUUCAUGUUUGACCCAAUUUGGGUUGAGCGAGGGAUCAUUGGGGAAAGUGGCAUUCAGUUGGAGGGGAGAAGGCUUCAAAGGAUUUACGAUAAGUGGCAGAAGUCCAAGAGAUUCCAUGUUCAAACAAUCAGACGUCCAUAUGUCAAACACCCUAUUUUGGGCUCGUUAAGCCACAGGAAAGCCAAGCUGUGCAGAGAGGAAACGAGGUACCCAUCAUAUCCUUGGACCUUUAUAAAGGCUGCCAGGACUUUUAUAGCCAUGUAUCCAAAUAAAGGUGGGCAGGUGCAGGUCUUUAUCACCAGCUUUAUUUUUAGGUCUUGGAAGAUGACAGCGGUCUGAAUAGGGGAGUAUUUGACCUCAUGUUGACACAAUAGCAUUUCUGCACAGCUUGCUAAAAUGACCUUUGAAGUAGAUGCCCCUAUAAACAGCUUAUGGAUCCAAGGUCCACUUGAAGGUUCUGGUUAUGAGAAAACGACCCAAAACAACCAUGUUCAAUCAGAUUCCUGUCCAUAAAUUUAUGCUGCGCUCCAUUCAACGCUGAAUUUCCAACCUCCUGCUUGACAAAGUGCAAUAAAACUGCACUGGAAGUCAGGUUUCCAACUUUGAUGUUUAGCGUCACGUAACAUCGCGACACCCAGAGAGAUGUAUACAGUUAGCAGUACACAUUUUUUCCACCAUCGGAUCAAACGCUUCUGAGCGUGGUGAGUAGCGGUUAAGGUAGAUUUUCCACUUGAGCACGGCUGGAUAAGGUACAAUUAUAAAGUGUUCCUGGCCCAGAUAUCUAGUUUGGCUGAACGCUUGUAGUGACAUGGCCAUUCACGAUUGGCCACUUGCUCAGUCAUUCCAUUCUAAUUCUGAUUUCACUGCACCACAGUGCAAAAACCUUUAUGGAACGGCACGGUUCUGCAACAAAAACCAUUUGGCCCAAAGGUGGAAAGGCAGCUAUUGACUUUUAAGCAAAUAAAAUUAAUCAGUAAGUCAAAGUUUCUAUGUUACAUGAUAAUUAAGCUUGCUUAUCAAACAAAGUCAAUCAUUUUCAAUGUUGAUCAUCCUACACCUGCAAAACACAUAGCAGUGCGUUAGCAGUUUUGUUCCUUUUACGUAUUUUUCCGAACAUCGGACAACAGAAUGCUAUUCUCAGAGGUUGUAGAUAUCAAGUAGGAAUAUCCCACAUCCACACUGAUCUCACUGAGAAUUCAGGAACUGUAUGUCGAAAGGAAAUUGGUCUGUGCUUACCAAAAUUGAAACCACUGCCCCCAGUGGCCGAAGCUGAAAGUUUUUUUGAACGCAUUCAGUUUCCGGGUGAAAUGUCCACAGAUUGGCGCCAAAAGCGAGUUGUAUUUUUAGUUGUAAGUGAUUUAAUACAGUCAACAGGAAGGCAUAUUUUAUUAAUGCUACAUUCUAACCCAAAUUCCAACCAUAAACCCUACCAUCAGUGGACUAAAGCUAUCAUUGUAGAUCGAAAAUGCAACUUCCAAAUCACACUCACAUUUGUGUAUGUAAAUGUGAUUACUUCCUGGUUUCCAUGGGACCAGAACCUGUGUUUUGAGGUUGCUCGUACAAAGCACUAUCAGUAGUACCAAAGGGAAAGGUGAUUACAUCUGAAUUGAUGCAAUAAUGUCUGAUGGGAGAUUUAGAGAUUUGGCAGAACAGGGUCGAUUUUAUACUACAAUGAACAUUUAGAAGAAGCGUGCCGAUUUCCUUUGGGAUAAUUUUUUUUUUACAUCUGACAUUGAAUGGAAUGCAGAAUUAGCUUUAUGAUUUCGUUUGCAGUGCAUGAUGGAAAACAUAGUCCAUUUUGUUCAUUUAGGUCUCAGUUAUCCUCCAUUUUUAGAGGGAGUGUUCUGUUAAGGGACUACUGAUGUCAUUUACUUCAAUUAAACAGUGGCACCAUUUCAGUUCAGUACUGUGAUUGAAGAAACUGAUAGUGAUGGUGGCUAGUUUAUCGUUCUCAUUUUAUCGCUGGCCAAUGAAAGGCCUGUCUUACACUCACUGGCUUCCUAAUGGAGGAGCAUGAGUCUUCUCCUCAUAAGACCUAUGAAGCAGACCAGUUGGAUAAACAAAAUAUAAUACAAGAUUCUUUUUUUAUGCAGUUUAACAAUGUGAGUUAGCAUCAGGGAUAAAUUCUGACCCAAGUCAUGCCAAAGUAGAGCACCUCUAAACUGCGUAGUAAACAUUUCACCUUUCCGUGUUAAAAGUGCGAGUUAAGCCCCAAAUACAUUCUACGCAAGUACGUGAAUUAGCUAUGCAAGCUUGAUUAUACACUUUGCAUUCAAAACAUUUCUAAAUGAACAUAAUUUACAACAAUGCAAGUAUAAGUUGUAUUAUCAGCAUUGCCACAAGGGAUGCUAGAGCAGACAUUAGUUUAAACUCUGCAACUACGGUCAAUUUUACUGUCAUGGCAGAGCACAAAAUAUGCUUGUCAAACAGCAUCUCUUUCUGAUAAAACUGAUUGUCCAAGCUUGCUAGUUAAACUAGUUAAGAAUCCUGGGGGAGAUACCAAUAUGCCAUAAUGGGGACCGAAUUCACGAAACAUUCUUAAGAAUCAAAUUCUACUUAACCACAGUUCUUCACCUUAAGAAAAAUGUUACUAAUAUUUUGUAUUCCCAGAAGACUUCUUAAGAAUGUUCUUAUCUUUUUUUUUUUAUUUUUUUUUUUUUACUUAAUCAGUCAACAGACUUAAAAUAUAUCCUUAAUUUUUUUUCCGAAGAUGAUUUUCGUGAAUCCGGCCCAAGCUAGGGCGUAGAUUUUGCUUGAACAUUGGAGAGGUUACAGUGUGAAGAAUUUAUGUUUCCAUUGAUCAUUGUAUCAAUACUGGGGGGUUGUACUUGCUUGUUCCACACCCCAUCCUCCUGGAAUCUACGCCCCUGGCCCCAAGCAUCCAAAUCACAACAUCUGCUGGUGGCCAGCACUGUUGGUUUUUCAGCGGGAUUAAAUGGACCACAUGUUUAUAGCUGGCUAUCUGAAUAAUACCACAUGUGGUUUAAAGACACGGACGUUUGAAGGUGACAAUCACCUUCUUGAGGUUUGUUUUCACCACAGCAACAUGACAACACACGUUAAAUAUGUACAAGGCUGCAUGCUUGCAAUGCAUUGGCCAAGAAUUCACGAAUGCAUACUUGCGUAGACCUUCUGGACAGAAAAUUACGUGACCAUGUCAAAAUGUUUGCAAAAUGAUAUUACAUGGUUCAUUACAUGUAUUGUUUCAUGUACAGUUCAAGUUGAAAUGUCCUCUGUGUGAUGCUAAAAGCAAGUUAAAUGAUCUCCCAAACAGAUGAGGUUUUUAAGGUAAUUGCUCAAUUGAGUUUUAAAUCAACAAAACCUGCCGACCUUGCCUAAACCUUACAUUUACGUAUAAACUGAUAAUCUGCAGUUUUACUGGUCAUUUGUGUGAAAGUGCAUAAAAGUCAUUGGAGCGUCUCUAGUGUUCAUUUCAGCAGGAAACUGCCACGAUACAUCCAACAAGCCACGUAAAAUUCAUUUCGCAAAAAUGUAGAAAUAGUAACGUGAUUCUAUGAGACCUGAUUUGAAGAAACUUUCAUUAAACAAACUCUUAUGAAACAUCAUAACCCAUUAGUGAGAGUUACUGCUCAAGUGCAGAUGCCACGUUUCUUUUUUUUAUCAGAUUUCAUGUUUUGUUUCAAAUCUGUUAAGGGCAGUCCAUAUAUAUCACAAACACUACACUUAACAUGGACAUUAAUGAACAUAUAUGCAACAUUCACAUACUGUAGCUACCUCAUCACUAUAAGCACUCAACACUUGUUUGGACAAACUGUAAAUAGUCAAAACUCCUUAUUUCCUUUUCACAGUGCCCUUAAUUUAGCCCUUAAUUAAAAGACUGUUGUCAGCAGGCUGUUUGGUUGUUUUUGAGCGAGCAUUGUAACAGAGGAGUUGGUAUUAAAAGAAAGGCCGUCGAUAGAUAGGUUAGCUCUGCCUGCAACGCAGUCAGUUAUUUACAUCUGCUCCAUUAUGUGUAUACCACACUACAUUCUUACCACAUCCUGUUUUGGGUGCAAAAAUGUGGGUGCUUUUUUUCUAAUUUUCUUUCGACAAUGGGAAAAUAGUUAACUCUAUGUGCUACUAAAAAUACAAAUCUGUGAUAAAGGUUUUUAAGAGACAUGAACAAUUAUUUGUACAUCAACCAUCAUGUGUUCCUACAAAAAUCACUGUUUAGGAAAGAAAAUACAUAUCUGUAAAUUUCUGUCUUUUAUUUAUUUGCUUAUAAACAUUCUGUGUGGUUUGAACUGGGCAUGUUCAGGUCAGAAUUGGUCCCUCAAUGUUCAAAUGUCAAAAUGACGUUACUGUUUCUCCUAAUGAUAUUCAUUGUGUAUUGUAUAUCACUU